AUGACGGAUGAAAAUCUCAAUGAGCCUCAGCUAGAGGAUCGGGAUCUCGAGUUUUACGACUGGCAACACCCUGUCGAUUAUGGUGGAAUGCCAGGCGAAUUGGAACCACCUCAGGACUUUGUUGUGGUUGAUGAUCCGGGGUUGCUGCGACGUCAGAAACUUUGGCUUCAAACUGACCAGAUGUGGCAGAGACCAUUAUAUCCAAUAUAUCGAGGCAUAGAAUUACUUUCAACGUCAAGCGAUUGCUUGGUGGGUCAUUGGAGCGCGCGAACACGAUUUGGAUCAAAACAUGUUGUUGUUAAGCAACGCCCUCUAACCGGUUUAACACAUUCUGCUAGACCAAAUUUACGUGACGAGUCACAACAUUACAAGAAUAUGCAAUCUCUGCUACAACCUGGCAGUGGUCAUCAUGUUGUUAAAAUGUUCAGAAAAGCCGUCGUGGACGAGGGAAAAAAUACAUUAGCUCAGGAUGUGGGAACGGUCGAGAGAAUGAUACUCGAAUAUUGCACCGGAACUCUUUAUGAUUUCAUAAAGCAGGGGAUCAGAGAUGGCACGAGGAUAAGUGAGAGGCAAGCGUGGGAAAUUUUCCACUGUCUUGCGCAUAGUGUCCUUAUCAUGAAUCACGGCACCGAGAAUCCGGCUCAUUAUCGCAGAGGAGGACCUGGAUUCAACGCCGUGGAUAUUAUUCAUUUCAACCUCAAUUUACGGAAUGCUUAUCUCCAAGAUCAUGUAGAUGGACAGCAUGUGAGUGGCAUCAUUUUGAAGGUUGGUUCUUUUCGACGAGCAGUUAAAGUCCAACGACGUCAGGGUGAAAGAUAUCAUCGUGCAUUUCAUAACAGAGGAGACGUCAGAUCGCGUGCGCCGGAACAAUUGUACGCGUCUGAUAUGAGAGGUAUGAGACCAUGGCUAAAAGAUGGCCGAAGCGAUGAUCGGCCCGGGAGAGGCAAUACACUUCAAUCAGUUACCUACUCAUCUAGAACAAACGUCUGGCAAGUAGGACUGAUAAUGUUUUGCAUCAUCCAUAUGAUAAAGGAGGUGGACUGGGACAAUGUGGAACGAAUUUGGGAUCGUAGUACGGAGCGCCUAGCAACUGGAAAAUAUACUAUCGGUAGCAGAGUCCGAAGAGAAGAGGAUUUUGGAUUUAGUCGGACGCUAAUAUUGACUAUUCGGGAAUGUCUUUUGAUUGAGCCGUCGGCGCGGCGAAAUGCUGCACAAUUAUUUGAAAAAACAAAGGCCGGUCUUGCUCAAGCUAAUCUUGGGGCAGGUCUUAAUCCACAACAACCGAUUGUUGGCCCUCUACCUCAACAAGUACCUCAACAAGUACCUCCACUUGAAUUAAACCUUGAGCCUGCACCACCGGAACCCCGCAUGGACCGACCACCAUCUGAUUAUCCAAUGCCCGAUCAGCAGCAAGUACCGAUCGACAUUUUUGAUCGCCGAGCAGCAGUAGAAGCCGAACCCGACGAUUAUCUCCCAGCAUACGCAUACAAUGCGCCCGCUGGCCACGCACUUCCUCGAUCUGGAUGGGGCGAAGGUCUCGAGCGCCCACCACCCAACUACUCUCCUCCAAGACCGGCAGAUAUCGCACAAUUUCCCCCCUUUGUCCCACAACCCGCAGUUCCACAACCUAGACAUUUAAUCCCACGUCGACCAGUAGGCUUAGGAACACCACCUCAACGAAUUCCGUGUCAACCGGUCGGCGCACCACCACGUGUUCCCCGUGCCGGUCCCAAUAAUCCACCUCCUCCUUCUCCUGUUCCCUAA